AUGUACUCAAAGUCUCUCGCCGCCACUUUCCUGGUUCUCGCACCGCUAGCUCUUGCUCAGUCCGGCAUGAUAUCGAAGCCAUCAGCGACCGCUACUGUAUCAGAUACCGAGGUCGUUACAAUGAUGUGGAACAGCGAAGCUGCCGCCACCGCUGCUGUCACUGCCACAGUUCCUUCUAUGGAGUCUGGCAUGAGCGGCAUGUCGAUGGACGCCUCGAUGACUAUGUCUAACGGCAAAGGGAUGAGCGGCAUGAGCGGCAUGAGCGGCAUGAGCGGCAUGAGCAUGACAACAGCCACUGGCAGAGCAAUGGCUGGCAUGAACAUGACCGGCUCAGCUGGACGAACGGAGGUGAUGCCUGGUGCCAUGGGCGCUGGAUGGGUCGUCAUCAGCCUUGGAGCCGGUAUUGGCUUCCUUGCAGGCAUGCUAUAG